AGAACUGUUUUCUAUUUUAUUAUUGCCCAUUUCUUAAUACUUUAAAAAUAAAGUAAAGUAUGCAUCAAACAUCUAAUGGAGAGUUAAAUAGUGGCCAGAAUACAUAUCUUGAUAUUCAAAGAAGGAUAGCAGCUUUAAAAAAGUUAAACCAUGAGACUAGUAAGCUUCGGAAACAGUUUUUUAAAGAGACCAUGUCUAUUGCUGCUAAGUAUUACGAACUUUAUCAGCCUUUUUGGGAUAAAAUUUCAGACAUUGUUACAGGAAAAUAUGAACCUCAAGGUGCUGAAGUUGUGUUGAACGAUUCUGGUAAUAAUAAUAAAGAAGAGAGUCCGAAUAACGUAGUUAAAGGCGAGCACGCUGAUUUACUUACAAAAUUUUCAAGUUUUGGCUUUGAUGGUAAUGUAAUCAAGGGGAUCCCGAAUUACUGGUUAACAGUUCUUAAAAAUUCUAAUGCGUUUCUUAUUGAGACGUACGACGAACCAAUUUUGGGGGAAUGCUACGAUAUUCGGUGUAAACUUUUGGUUGAAGGACGUGGAUUUGUGAUUGAGUUUUAUUUUAAUGAAAAUAAUUUCUUUACGAACACGGUUUUGGUGAAAACAUAUUUCUGGGCAGAUGGAUUUCAUGAGACGGGCGAGCCCCUUUACGAUUCCACUGAAGGUUGCAAAAUUAACUGGAAACCUGGAAAGAAUGUUCGAAUUCCGGUAAAAAGCUCGGGGACUAUAGUUAAGAACAGAUCCGUUGCCUUGAAACAGGGCCGACUGGUGAAGGAGACUCUCCCAUCCUUCUUUGAAUUUUUUCAAAUCUCCAGCAGCAGCAGUGUCAACGCAAUUGACAAAUAUUUUUUAGAAAUGCUCUCGUACGACUAUGAAGUUGGCCUACUACUAAAAGAUAAAAUAAUCCCUUACUCCAUUACUUUUUUUACUGGAGAAAAUUCAGAGUGUGAAGACGUUAGUUCCGAAGAGGAUGAUGACGAUGAUGAUGACGACUAUGAAGAUGAGGAAGGAGAGGAAGAGGAAGAGGAAGAGGAGGAGGAGGAGGAAGAGGAGAACUAUGAAACCGACGGCCAUGAAAAUAAUUCAGAAAAAUCUUCAACCGAGUGCAAGCAACAGUAAAGAGUCGACUUACUGUUACAGACUACUUAAGGAUUUACUUGUUAAUAGCAUAUUUAUUAAGUGCGCUUUAGUGCGAAUAAAAUCACGUUACACUUUU